GGCUGACUCGGCUGCUGUCGGUUCCGUGUGGCAUCUUCAUCCUCUUUGGGUUUUGGUUUCUGCUCUGGGAUCCGCUCCCCGACUUGGGCUUUAUUUGUUUCUCUGUUGGGAUCUGAUACCCUGUGCCAGCCUGUGUGCCAGUCUGUGUGCCAGUCUCUGGGUAGUGCUGCCAGGCUGCUCCUGGGUUUGGAUUUGACUUCUUUUCCCUGUGGAUAUGGACUUGCUGGGUUCGGAUGAUACUCUGGGGAUACUUACCGUCUGAGCUGAUUUGUGGGGAGAGUGGCACCUAAACCCCCCUUGGCACUAAUCCCAGCGCAGCACCAUGUUCCAUGUUACCCUCUACUUCGUGUUGCCUUUAAUGCGGAGGCUGUGCUGUCGCUGCAAGCGGGGAAUGAAGAAGGAGAAGAACUGCCUGCGGAUCUACUGGAGCAUGUACCAGAGCCUGCAAGGCAAUGAGCUGCUGGAGGAUUCCCCGUAUGAACCAGUGAAUAACCGACUCUCCGACAUCUUCAAAAUGGAUUCCCUUUUGUCAGAGCCCAUAAUCCCCAAAGGGAACGAUUGCCUAGACGCAGCUAAGGCGUGUAACCUGGACGACACGUGCAAAAAGUACCGCUCGGCCUACAUAAACCCCUGUACCAACAGCAUGUCCAACGAGAUCUGCAACCGGCGCAAGUGCCACAAAGCCCUCCGGCAGUUCUUCGACAAGGUGCCGGCCAAGUACAGCUACGGGAUGUUGUUCUGCUCCUGUAAGGACGUGGCCUGCACUGAGAGAAGGCGCCAGACUAUUGUACCGCUCUGCUCGUAUGAGGAGAAGGAGAAGCCCAACUGCCUGAACUUGCAGGAAUCGUGUAAAACAAACUACAUCUGCAGAUCUCGCCUUGCUGAUUUCCUCACUGACUGUCAGCCUGAGCCACGGUCUCCCAGUGGGUGUCUGAAGGAGAACUAUGCUGAAUGCCUGCUUGCCUACUCCGGCCUUAUAGGUACAGGGAUCACCCCCAACUACAUUGGUUCCACCAGCCUGAGUGUCUCCCCCUGGUGCGACUGCAGCAACAGCGGAAACUACAUUGACGACUGCCUGAAGUUCUUAAACUUCUUCAAAGAUAACAUCUGCCUCAAAAACGCCAUCCAGGCCUUUGGCAAUGGCACCGACGUGCGGCUCCAGCCCGACCAACCGGUACAAACCACGACGGCUCCGCCCCCUGUGAACCAUAAACCCAAGGGGGGGGGCACCGACGUGUUCCAAAUCACCAAUGAAAUCCCCACCCACAACGGGCUCCCGGCCUGCGCCAACUUACAGGCACAAAAAAGCAAAUUGAAUAUCUCUGAAGACCCUCAAAUGUGCGUCGUUGAGCACACUCGUGGGACCAAUACCAUUGGGCGCAUCUCUGAUGAUUCCUCGGCCAGUCUCUCCAGUCUAUGCACGCUGCUUCUCACCAUUGCCACCACACAGUCACUGCUGAUCACUCUCCUCCCUGCUCUACGGUUAUAGCCAAACUCUAUUGAUGGACCUGUACAAAACCAAAUGAAGUAUAUAUAUAUAUAUAUAUAUGAUUAAUAUUAUUCACUUUCCUAUCCUGUCUGCUCCGUCCGACCUUACAGAAUUCCCAACAAACUAUUCCGGACUCUCACAGAGGAAAAAACAAACAAAUGGUAUUUAGGGGGGCGUUUAUCACUGCGGUGCCACGUUCUACACCCCAAAGGAUUCUGGGCAUGCCACGUAUUUCAUAUCGAUUGUGUUCAUUUUUGUUUCCUAUUAUCUCAAGUCUUUGUAUAAAACCUCUGCCUUUUAUUUUUAACACUUUCCUGGGAAUUGUUUUUCUUCCUCCUGUCCCCCAGGGUGACUGUUACCCCAAUGUUUCUAUAUAUCUGUAACCUUGUUAUGGGCUAAGGGGGCCCAGCCUGAAGGCCAGUUAGGGGGGGAUUUGGGGUGAGUGCUUAUUUGUGCCCUGGGUACCCCUGGAACUAUAGCGGGGUGACUGUUACCCCAAUGUUUCUAUAUAUCUGUAACCUUGUUAUGGGCUAAGGGGGCCCAGCCUGAAGGCCAGUUAGGGGGGGAUUUGGGGUGAGUGCUUAUUUGUACCCUGGGUUCAAGCAGGAAACUGCUUUGGCUGAGAGGUUCCAUCUGACAGUUAAGGGGUGCUGAGCCGUACCAUGUUGCAUUUAGACAAGGGAGGGCAAAUUCAGCCUUAUGAUAUACUAUCUGAAAAGUCAGUGAAGGGCAGAUUAAAGUACUUUUGAAUCUUUUCCCCCGUUCCUAUUUGGGAAUAGACACCCCUGUAUGUAUAAAACCCUAGAUCUGACAAAGACCUGCUCCCCCUUUAUUCAUUUUGUACACCCGCUGUUCCCAUACUGUAUCGUAUUUAUUGGGUAUUUUCUGCAAAACGUGACUGACUUUUGCCUUAAUGACAGAGAGGCGGCUGCUGCCCACUGCGAGGGUCUCUUGCCCAGAGGUGGCUCCAUGUAUCCACUACUACCUGGUAUUAGUCCCAGACAGGUGAUUGAUUUCGAGGCACAAGGGCUGCUCGUGUACAUAACAGGACUGAUAAUGAGUUGGAGGAGCUUUUAUAGUUUUGUUUUCUAAGGGCGCGUUGCCAUGGUAACUUUGACCCAAUCAAGUUCCCGGUUCUUUUUAUCUUUCCUCAUCCACUUGGGUCAAUAUUUAAAGACUGUUCCUUGGAAAAAUGGCAAGUUAGCGCCAGGUUGACCGUACGUUCCCGCUUUCUCUUGCUCCGCCUCCUAGCGUCCAGUUGGGUUGGAAUCUCCGCUAUCGAUGCUGUAGAUAAUGGAAAAAUCCAAAAGUUACCCAUGGUAGUAAAGGACAUCCGUGUCAAAAUGUGUUUCCAUAGCAACAGUGAUAACGCCAUCUUUAUUCUAUUUUGUAUGCCAUCUUUGCGCAUGUUGGCCUUCCGACGAGGGGCGAGUAAAAUGGAGGCUGGAGUUACAGUGUAUAUACUAUAUAUGUAUACAACCUACACCCGCAUCUGGAGCAUUGGGAAGCGUAACUAGAGUGGUAUUGAGUAUCAUUUAUCAAGCACAGCCAUCUUCGCCAGGAGAAUCUUUCACGCCAAUAUCAAUGGACUAUGGAUGGGAUGGAUUCUAAGACUGUUCCUUCUGGAACAUCCCACCGAUCCUAUUGCACUUAAUCUGAAUUAACUUUGUUUGAAAAAAAAAAAAAA